AUGGCGACGGGCGUGAAGCCUCAAGCGGAGGACGUUCUGCUCACCGUCUCCGUCCAAUAUCCAAACCCCGAGUUUCACUUCCCGGAGCGACGGGUUAUCCUCGAACAGAAGCACCCAAGCGUUGUGAACAUCGGCCGGACAAGCAAGCGAUUUUCCAACUUGGAAGCAAGAGCGGAUAACUGCUACUUCGAUAGCCCGGUGAUGUCCCGGGAGCAUGCGAAAAUCACCGUCGACUGGUAUCACAAGAAACUAUUCGUCAAAGACGUCGGCUCGCUGCACGGAACCUACCAUAACUCUCUAAAGCUGUCUCCGCAUACAGCGAAAGAGCUGGCAAGGGGCGACAUAGUCAAGUUUGGGAUUGACAUUCAACGGUCCAACGACCUCUUUCCCCCGUGUACGAUCCAGGUGGACUGGGAAUUCGACCACCUAGCCAAAGCCAAAGCUUCAGAGCUCAGUGGUCGCCCAACCUUUUCCGUCCCCGAUGAUUCCGACUCAGAGAGUAGCGACGAAGACAUGUCUACUACGGACGAUAUCCGUGCCACCGUCGAGAAGAUUCGCAAGAUCGAGAUGCCCAAAUCGACCACAGGCUUGGCUGGUUCCUUUCCCAGCUUCAUUCCUCCGGGGGUGGAGCCAAUUGUCAUCGACGAAGAUAUCCAGAAGGAUACAGAUAAGCCCUCCGAACGCGCUCCCAACGCCACGCAAGAUCAGGAGGUGACGAUUGAGCUGGAUGCUCCGUACGACGAAGAGGAAGACGAGGAUAUGCCCUCCAGCCAUAGAAUGAACUCGAAACUCCCUCUGGUAUUCGCAUCGGAGUCAGAAUCAGAGGAUUCUUACGAUGACGACGAGUCCGAAAGCUAUCCCGAUGAUGAACCUUCGAGCCAGGAAAUGCCCGACGCUUACGACGAUGACAUCUGCCUCAGCGACUCCGAGACUUCCGAGCACAGUGACGACGCUGAAGCCGACAGCGUCUUUGAGAGCGAGAGCGAAGAUGAGAACCUGACAAGAGCUCCAAGCUAUGACGAGGCUAAGGACAUGGCAGCCGCUUGGGAAGCCCAGGAUCCUUCUCUUACCUUUACGCAAUCGCAACAAAUGCUCAGCAUUCCGCACGCAAGCUACUUCCCUCAGCCAGAUGCUGGUCGCCAUUUCUUCCCCGCGCCUAUGCCGUCACUCCCUUCUAUUAUACCUUAUGUAGGUUUGCAAGAACAAGGACGUCAGAACGACCUCAGACUGCCGUCGAUAUUGAACCCUUCGGAUGAUCACGUUGAGAAUCCCUUCCUAGCUGAGAUGAACCCCGAGCAAAUGCACACGUCUGCACCGACGGAUUACCUUCUUCAAAGCGAAGGAGUAGCACCACUUCGUGCUUCAUGGGAUCGGGUCCCAAAUACUCCCAAGGUUGUCACUGCCACGGAGUCUCUAGCGUUCUCCCAGGACGAUGGGCCAUCAGCUGAAGCCCUUGGCCAAGCUACUGGAAAGCCGGAGUUUUUCGCAGCCAGGGAGGUCAAUAAGCAAAUCUUGCGCCGCAAUGAGCAAGAUAACGAUACAACCCCAGUCCAACCUCGCAGCCAGGUUCCCGAGCCGCCUGCGACUUCCACUGAGCCAUCUACGUCAAAGCUCGGGCACCACAUUACCUCCGAUGCAGCCACCGCGCCGGAGCCGGUAAAUGAAACGCCCAAGUCGGCCAAAGUGGCCGAGUCGGCCUGGUCUAGUUCUGGGGAGAAAUUCCUCAACAGUCCUCAAGACUUCCCUCUUACAUACGCAACGGAAACUCCCGAGCUUGAUAUGACCAGUGCAUAUCAGUUCCAGCAAAGCAAGUUGGGCUCACUGGCACAGACUGAGGAUACUUCACUGAAUAUCCCUACCGGGGAGAAGGCUACUCCAAAGCGUAAGGCUAGUGAAAUCUCAACGCUCACGCCUCAUGAGGAGACGAUCGAGGCGGCUGUGAAAAGCGCUGAAACCGGGGCGCAAAUAACGGCCGAACAGCCCAUAGUUGUUUCUGUGGUUACAGAGCCGACACCAGAAGCACCCCCUCCCCCUAAGCGUCUGCGAAGCUUUUUGAGCAAGGCUGGGUACUUCGUUGGUGGCGGCGUGUUGACUGCGGCAGGUGUCGUAACAGCACUUGCUGCAACCGCCCCUGCUCUUUGA